AUGCACACCGAACGGCGGCGGCACAGGACGCGUGGAGCCGUAACCGUGCACCAGAGCUCCGGUGGUGGCGCGACCGGUACCACCACACUCUCCACCGCGACCACCCUUACCGCCGCCGCCGCCGCUGCCUCCGUUUCCGCCGCAUCCUCUCAGCCCGCCAUCCAUCCCACCGUGUGGGAGAUUCUGUCGGCGGAACUGAUCCUUUCGAACGAACCGGAGGGUACGCCGGAACUGCCGGCGGCAAAUAGGGCGCUGUUCCUCGAGAAGGUGCGCCAAUCGAACACGGCGUGCCAGAAUGGUGACUUCAGUACGGCCGUGCAGCUCUACACGGACGCGCUCGGGUUGGACCCCGGCAAUCACAUCCUCUACAGCAACCGUUCGGCGGCGCGGCUUAAGCAGGGCCAGUUUGCGCUCGCCCUGCAGGACGCCACACGUGCCCGCGAGCUGUGUCCCCAGUGGCCCAAGGCGUACUUCCGGCAGGGUGUUGCGUUGCAGUGCCUCGGCCGGUACGGUGAAGCACUGGCCGCGUUCAGUGCUGGCCUUGCGCAGGAUCCGAACAGCAAGCAGCUGUUGGCUGGGCUGGUGGAAGCAUCGAUAAAGAGCCCGCUACGGCACGCACUCGAGCCAACGUUUCAGCAGCUGAAAGCGAUGAAGCUCGACCAGUCCCCGUUUGUGGUGAUUUCCGUGUGCGGCCAGGAGCUGCUCGGUGCGGGCCAGUAUCAUGCGGCCGUUACCGUGCUUGAGUCGGCGCUACGCAUUGGCUCGUGUUCGCUGAAGCUGCGUGGAUCGGUGUUUUCGGCGCUUAGCUCCGCGCAUUGGGCGCUCAACCAGCUUGAUAAGGCGAUCGCGUACAUGCAGCAGGACCUGGCCGUCGCGAAGAGCCUCGGCGAUACGGCUGGUGAAUGCCGAGCGCAUGGAAAUCUCGGUUCGGCGUACUUUAGCCAGGGUUCGUACAAGGAAGCGCUAACGUCACACCGCUACCAGCUCGUGCUGGCGAUGAAGUGUAAGGAUACGCAAGCGGCUGCAGCAGCGCUAACGUCGCUUGGACACGUGUACACCGCCAUUGGCGAUUAUCCUAACGCGCUCGCAUCCCACAAACAGUGCGUACAGUUGGUCAAACAGAUGGGCGAUCGGUUGCAGGAAGCGCGCGAAAUCGGUAACGUCGGUGCCGUGUACUUAGCGAUGGGUGAGUUCGAUUCGGCCGUCGAUUGCCACACGCAACACUUGCGGCUCGCGCGCAAACUCGCCAACCAAGUGGAGGAGGCUCGAGCCUACAGCAACCUCGGCUCGAGCUACCACUACAAGCGCAACUUCACGCAAGCCAUCACGUACCACGAGAGCGUGUUGCGGAUCGCGCAGCAGCUCGGUGAUCGCGCGAUCGAGGCACGUGCGUACGCUGGUUUAGGCCACGCGGCCCGCUGUGGGCACGAUUUCGUGCAGGCGAAACGUUGGCACGAGAAGCAGCUCGAGAUGGCGCUGGCCGCUCGGGACAAGGUCGGUGAAGGUCGCGCUUGUUCGAAUCUUGGCAUCGUGUAUCAGCUGCUCGGGGAGCACGAUGCGGCACUGAAGCUGCACCAGGCGCACCUGACGAUCGCGAGGCAGCUGCAGGAUAAAGCCGGCAUGGGCCGAGCGUAUGGGAACAUUGGCAACGCGUACUCAGCCGCCGGUUACUACGAGUCCGCGAUCAAGUACCACAAGCAGGAGCUCAUCAUCAGCAAGGAGGUGCACGAUCGUAGCGCGGAAGCAUCCACGCACGGUAACUUGGCCGUUGCGUACCAAGCGCUUGGCGCGCACGAUAUGGCGCUGAUGCAUUACCGAGCGCAUCUGAACAUCGCACGGGAGCUUAAGGACACGGCGGGUGAAGCGUGCGCACUGCUAAACCUUGGCAAUUGUCUCAGCUCGCGACAGGAGUUCGCCCAAGCCGUACCGUACUACGAGCAGUACCUGAUGCUAUCGCAGGAGCUUGGUGAUGUGGCGGCUGAAGGCAAAGCGUGUCACUUCCUUGGGUACGCGCAUUACUGCAUCGGGAACUACCGUGAGGCGGUGCGGUACUACGAUCAGGAUCUCGCACUCGCCAAGGACCUGCAGAACAAGAUGAACAUGGGCCGAGCGUACUGCAACCUCGGGUUAGCGCAUCUCGCUCUUGGCAACACGGGUGGUGCGCUUGAGUGUCAGAAGUACUUCCUCGCGAUCGCACACAUGACGAAUCACCUGCCGGGGAAGUUCCGUGCGCUGGGCAACAUCGGUGACGUGCUGAUCCGUAUGGGUGAUGUGGAUGAAGCGAUCAAGAUGUACCAGCGGCAGCUUGCUUUGGCGCGACAAACGCGUGAACGGGGAAUGGAAGCGGCCGCCUGUGGCGCGCUUGGGCUCGCUCAUCGGUUACUCAAGAAGCUGGACAAGGCUCUUGGGUAUCACACGCAGGAGCUAACGUUGCGUCAGGAAAUGGGUGAUCUACCCGGUGAAUGCCGGGCGCACGGACAUCUCGGUGCUGUGCAUAUGGCGCUUGGGAACUACACACACGCGGUCAAGUGCUACCAGGAGCAACUCGAACGUGCUCAGGAGCUGCAGGACUCAGCCGUAGAAGCUCAAGCGUUCGGUAAUCUUGGUAUCGCGCGGCUCAACAUGGGUCACUACGAGGAUGCGAUUGGGUAUCUCGAGCAGCAGCUCGGUACACUCGAACAAGUGAACACGGCGACGGCUCAACACGAUCGUGCACGUGCUCUUGGGCAUCUGGGAGAUUGCUACGAUGCACUCGGUGACUACCACGCGGAAGCGAUCAAGUGCCACGAACGGCAUCUACAGCUGGCGAUCGCGCUCCAAAGCGCCCGGGAUCAAGAGCGAGCUUACCGAGGGCUUGGAAACUGCCACAAAUCGGUUGGAAACCUGCAGGAGGCUCUCGUAUGUCUCGAGAAGCGACUCGUAGUGUCGCACGAGCUUGGUAAUCCUGAAGCGAAAGCUGCCGCGUAUGGUGAUCUCGGCGGGAUCCACAGUGCACUCGGUAACUACGAGCAAGCGAUCAACUGUCUCGAACAUCAGCGAGACAUUGCACGUGAACUAGGCGAUCGAGUGCUUACAUCGGACGCGAUCAGUGGACUUGGUGCGGUGUUUCAGCAGAUGGGCGAUUACGAUGAGUCGCUGCGGUUACACAAGCAGGACCUCGAGCUGGGUGAAGGUGCUAGCCAUGCGACACUGCAGGCACGUGCCUGUGGUAACCUCGGGUCGGUGUAUGACGCCCUACGCAACUACCCAGAAUCAGCACGGUACUACGAGAAACAGCUCGCCCUUACAGCUGAUCGGCAAACGAAAGCACACGCUUGUCUCGCGCUAGGUCGUGUUUAUCACGCUAUGGAACAAGUUCCGCAAGCAAUUGGCUUUCUCCGUCAGGGUCUAGCCAUCGCUCAAUCACUCAACAAGCUCGAGGAUGAAGCGAAACUACGCCACCGGCUUGGGCUGGCACUGAUCGCAUCCGGCGAGGACGAUGCCGCUCGACAGCAGAUGGAAAGUGCCGCUCAAAUCCUGGAGUCAAUCCGCAGCGAUCAAGUCACACCGGAGGCUCGCACGCAGCUGUACGAGCUACAAACUGCUUGCUAUCAGACGCUUCAACGUGUACUCGUCGGAUUGGGCCGUCCAGAAGACGCACUGGUCGCGGCCGAACGUUGUCGAUCACGUAUGGGUGCGGAUUCGAACCAGAGCGCGGAAAACUCGCUAAACAACCGCAAAACGCUGCUCACCUGCAGCGAGUACAUCUUCGACACGGUGAAUCGGAGUAAAACGAGCGUGAUUUACUAUAGUCUCGCCGGCAGUGAUCUGUACGCGUGGUUCCUGCAGCCUCAAAAGCGCAUCGUUCGCUUCCACGCGACCAAACUCGACGAGCAAGCGUUACCGAUGGUGAAGAAGAAAGCCCUGCUGGCUGGAUCGGGAGGUGGCACUGAGAAGAAGACUGCUGCAGGCGAGAGCACUGGAACAGGGACUGAUCGAGGAUCGUUGCUGGAGCAGUACAUCAACUACGUGCGUGAUUGUUUGGGUGUAAACUCGAGCGGUGUGUUGCAGGAAGGUGACGGUAGCGGGUGGAAGUCCUCCAACGAGAACCUGAUCGAUGACUUUGCGAAUGAACGGGCCGGAUUUUUGCGGAUGGUGAACCGAAAUCAUCUGCUGAACUCAAGCAACUACUCGCUCAGCUCGCUGUUCAGCCUUGGUAGUGUCGGUGGAUCCGUCGCCAGUCUGCAGGGUUCAACAAGGUCUAUUGGAAGCCUGCAGGGAUCGACACGAUCGAGGCGAUCGAACAUGCUGCCACCAUGGCAGGGUCCGUCCUGUCUGCACGUGCUGUACAACCUGUUGCUGGCACCGUUCGAGGAUCUUCUGCCGGACAUCAGCACAACUGCCCGAAUCGGUCGUCGCGAACUGAUCCUCAUCCUGGAGAAGGAACUGUACCUGGUGCCGUUCGCCAUCCUGCGCAGUGGAGAUGAAGACGGCGAGUAUCUGUCCGAACGCUGCUCACUACUGACCGUCCCUUCGUUGCACACGCUACGGCAAAAGAGCCGCAUUAAGACCCGUGAACCUGCGGAAGGACUAAACAGCGCCCUCGUCAUCGGUGGACCAAAGAUCCCGUCCUCACUCUCCGACACAUGGGGUUGGUCCGAUUCACCAGCCUCCCUGCAGGAAGCGGCCAUGGUUUCCGAUAUGCUGAACACGAAACCACUCGUCAGCUCAAGCGCCACCAAGGAAGCGAUCCUCUCGGAACUAGGCGCUGCCGAAUGCGUACAUUUCGCGGCCAACGUCAGCUGGAAGCUGGGAGCGGUCGUUCUCAGCCCAGGCGAAGUACUCGACUCACCACCAUCUCAGAAACGGUUCUACCCAACCGACGGUGAUCACGACGAGGAAGCAACCGAUCUGUCCGCCGGUGGCAUCGAAAUCCCGCCCCUAUCCGACUUCAUCCUGAGCGCUGCUGAUCUUCUUUCGAUGAAGCUGACCGCCAAGUUGGUUGUACUGAGCUCGUACCACUCCGUCGAACCGAUUACGGGCAGUGGUGUGGCUAAUCUAGCAGGAAGCUGGCUGUUCGCUGGAACCGGUGCCGUGCUCGUGUCCUUAUGGCCCGUCCCAGAAACGGCCGCCAAGAUCCUGUUAAGAGCGUUCUACUCAGCACUGCUGCAAGGCACCCGAGCAGCUCGAGCCCUGGCCGAAGCGAUGCAAACGGUCCAGCACACGAAACACUUCGCACAUCCUGCCAACUGGGCCGGGUUCAUCCUGAUCGGUGGAAACGUGCGCCUCUCGAACAAAGUCGCCCUAAUCGGGCAGGCUCUGUGUGAGCUAAUGCGCACGCCAGACAAGUGCCGGGAUGCGCUGCGCGUGUGCUUGCAUCUGGUCGAGAAGAGCCUGCAAAGGAUCCACCGUGGGCAGAAGAACGCAAUGUACACCACGCAGAAGAGCAUCGACAAUAAGGCGGGUCCGGUGAGCGGUUGGAAGGACCUGUUGAUGGCGGUUGGGUUCCGGUUUGAACCGGCCGCGAACGGCAUCCCGUCCAGUGUGUUUUUCCCGCAAAGUGAUCCCGAGGAUCGGUUGUCCCAGUGUUCGGCUAGUUUGCAGGCGUUGCUGGGUCUCUCGCCCACGACACUACACGCACUCUCGAAGCUGGUGCAUGGAGCGGAGAUUGCGGAUGAAAUUAUCGGUGUGAUGAGGAACGUUGUCACGCAAUUCCCACCGAAAGCGACCGAUAACGAGAGUGCGAUCGACGUGCCGUUGAGUGUGCGAUUGUGGCGUGUUUCCGGUUGUCACGAGCUGCUCGCUUCGCUUGGGUUUGACCUGAUGGAGGUUGGCCAGGAUCAGGUGACACUGCGUACCGGUAAACAAGCCAACCGACGCAACUGCCAGUUCGUCCUGCAGGCUUUGCUCGCUCUGUUCGACACGCAGGAAGCACCCAAAAGCCUCGGUAUCGAAUCCAGCAGCAGCUCGGAGUCACUGAACGAGGAGGAUUCGCCCGACGAGCAGACGGUUCAGCAACCGUCCAUGCAGCAACAACAACAGCAACAGUCUCAAUCGCAACAACCCGGUCAGCAGCAGCAGCAACAGCAGCAACAGCAACAACAACAGCCACAACAGCAAUCAUCCCAAGGAGUAGCGAUCACCAGCCAGCAGCAGCAGCAGCAGCAGCAGCAGCUAAAAGCAGGCGUUAGUCCAACACCAACGCAAGCCGAUUCACAGCAACGCAGCAUCUCACCAGCGGUCACGGUGAAAUCUCAAGCCAGCUACAACUUUUCGCGCCCACCGCUACCUUUGCGGCGUGUUCCGUUCCUGAGCACGCGCAGUGCUUUCAUUUCGUACGUACGACGACGCGGCGAACCCGAUGGUGGUCAAACGGAUUCGGCCACGGCACAACCGGCCACCACCGUUCUCGACACCAGCCUGGCCAAUACGACCGACAGUGAGCUGUCGGAUGGGUACACGACGCAACAGAUCCUGCUGAAGAGUGAUCAUCUCGCGAAAGGACUCGGUUAUUCGAGCCUCCGGGGAACGAUAAAGGUUUCCCGGCCGGGUGGUGGUGGCGAGAGUGAUGCUGCCUUCACACCCAGCCCACCUGUGACGCUGCAGAACGUGGACCAGAACGUUUCGCUGGCCUUGGCGCACCAGACACGCAUUAAAAACCUGUACACGAACAACGGUGGGUUGCAUGGUGUGGUGCAACCUGGAACCGGACCGAUCGGAGGGCACGGGCCGGCUACUGGUGGAGCGGGAGCAUACUCCCUUCAGGACACGCUGCGGGACGGCGUGCAUCACCAUCCAAGUGGACAGCUUCACCACCGGCGUCCGGAUAGUUCCAGCUCGGCCAGCUCAGCCACCGAUUGGGAAGGAUCCGGUCACGCAACGGUCCUGCGACGAGCGGCCCAUCAGGGUGGGGGUGUUGGCGGUGCUGGACACCAUUUACCCCCCUUGCCACCACCCCGCCAGACACUCCCGAUGGUGGAGAGCCUGCGACCGUUGGCACCUUUGGCACCGGUGUACAACAACAUCACCGGUGGAGCUGUCGUUUCAGCAGGUCCGGCAGGUGUUAAGGGUGUGACAGGAGCGAACGGUGCAGCGAAGGGUGCCCUCUCGGUGCUGGAGUCGACGAGUUCCGAUUCGGAGUUUGAACGAUCGUUUGAUCUGCCCGGCAGUGGCUCAAAUGCGGCCUCCAUCAGCAGCAAACUCACGUCGCUAGCGCACAGCCUGCAAAGCAUGCGAACGCGCAACAAACUAAAGCUGGGCGUGCAAACUGGCCACGGUCAGCAUCUGCAGCAGCAGCAGCAGCAGCAGCAAUCGCUCCAGCAACACCAGCAACAAUCGCACCUGCUGCAACACGGACAGCAGGCUUCUCAGCACCAGCAACAACACGGACACGGUCCUCUGCACGGAGCCACAAUGGGUCGCUCGAAACUGCCGGUGGAUCAGUUCGGUUUCCUCGAUCGGUUAAGCUGCCGGACGGAGAUUUCGUCCUCGGUGGCACUCGGUGGUGUACCACCGCCCCGGAAACCUCUCUCCACGCUUCCGGACGACGAGCGGACACUUAACCUGAACGCGAACAAGCUGUACUUCUCGCCAACCGACGCCGAGAUGCUUCCGCUGGCGGAAGCUUCCGCGUCGGAACUGGUGGCCCUCGGUGGUAAAGCUCACGCACCUCCACUGGUGGUGGGUUCGAGCGCGGGAGGCGCUGGAGGCCCGUCCGGUAAGGAUGGUUCGAAAUCAAACCAGAAAACGAUCCAGGACUCGAUCCUGCGGCACAUGAGCCGUGAGAUGACACCGACCAUUUCGGAGGUGUACCACGAGCGAAAUAUCGGGCUCGGGCUGGCCCCGUCCCUGUCGAAGCUGUUGUUGAGCAAGAACUACGAUGAGUCACCGGAUGCGCUGGGUAAGGGCACCGGGAGUGUUGGUGGUACCGGUGGAGGUUCAGUAGGUGGCGGUGGUUCCGGUUCCGGAUCGGUGGCGGCAGUAAAUGCGGCGGCAGCUGCCGCGUUGCUUAACAAACCGAGUGCCGCUCUGACGGUGGGUAACCUGGCUGAAGCGAUGAACGAGAUCGAGAUGAAUGCGACCACUUCGAGCAAGCUGGUGGAUGAAGGCGUGUGCGGGAUCUGUCAUUCGCCGUCGGAUCUGCUGUGCGGAUGUAGCGCAACCUCGACGGUGGCCGCUGUGGCCGCGAUGACGGCCGCACUUGGGGCAAGCACUAUGGCGAAGAAAUCGAGCUCAAACAAACCCUGGCUUAGCAACGUUUCGCCGAACAUCGUGAAGGCGAGCGACCUGACGACGGCGGACAUCCUCGAGCAGCAGCAGAAGCACCUCAAGUCGUCCGUCAGCAGCGGGUUGACGAGCAAUCUGUCCUCAUCGACGGAGAACUCACUCUCGACCGUGGUCAAGCGCAGUGGGUCACCUUUUUCGGAUCUGUCCCGGCGUGAUGAGGGUGACGGGCGAAGUGUGGCCGAUUCGCAGUGCUCUGGGAGCUUCCGAACCGACAUCACCGGUUCCACGGUGACCAGCUCGAAGAGCCAGCAGCCUAUUCCAGCCUCUCAGCAACAGCAGCAGCAGCAGCAGCAGCUGCCGAUGCAGCAACAAAAGCAGUCACAAACAUCUCAGCAGCAACAGGUGCAAGGAGCUCACGAUCAAACUGGUGUACCAUCACAGCAAUCGUCCUCGGGUGCCAUGGCAACGGUGACCGGUGUUAUCCAGCAACGGGGAAAGUACAUCAUUGACACGUAGAAGGAGCGGUUGUAAGGACUACGGAAGGCCAUGUUUUAGUAAUUGUGAAUUAGGCAUUAGACGAACGGUAGACGAGGGUUGCUGAUUGUGCAAGACUGGAUACUAGAUAAAUUGUGCACGGCUAGGGGUGCGCUGUGUAUCGUCUAAUCGCGUGUGUACAGACUACUCUUCGAAAACUAGUGGUAGAAAUGUGCUACGUGUAAGGCACGUGUGUAUAUUGUAGGAAGCGAGGUUGAAUUAGGAACUGAUUAGCUGUAAACUCUGGUAAUAAAUAAUUAGCUGUGUAUAAACCUUUUCCCACCAACAUCUGUACAGACGAAGCGAUGCAGUCGAGUUGUUAGGCACGUCCGGCGGAUGCAACUACGGGUUGCAUGUGCAUGUUUUGUUGCGAUUGAAAACGGAAAUAGCUAGCAGCCUUCAACAUGAUAUUUAUG